GCGGAGCGUCUGAAGCAGCAGCAGCAGCCGCUGGGCGCCAUCAGCGUGCAGGAGAUCAGUAGCGUGCGCCUCAAGCCCACAGACGGCGGCGGCAAGAUGCUGGCGGCCAAGACGAUGUCCGCGCCCCCGCGCGCCGGCGUCAACGAUAACAAUGAUAAUGAACGAGAAAAAGAUGAAGAAGAAGAAGAAGAAGAACAGGAAACAGGUGUCUGCGUUCCCAAAGACCGUUGUGCAUAA